AUGGAAGCAGAUAAUUCAAAUUCGGAACCCACAGAAGCUGCCUCACCUCUUUUUGCCUCUCCUACAUUGACUGAUCCUCUAUUUGGCCAUCAAACAAAUCCAAAGCCACCGCUUUUCAUGCAACGGCUCGAGAGCUCAGGCAUCGAUGUCUCUGGUUUUUCCUUCAGCAAACCUGUCAAUCAACCAAAAGAAUUCUCCUUACGGGCUCCGCAUCGAGUGAUUCCCACCAGUUUCGAAUCUCACAGUAUUACCACAGACGUACACGCACACAGUCAGCCUACAGCUUGUAAUAAUCAGGGAUUGACCAAGUAUGAUGAUUCAUCCACCUUGCUUGAACAAGCUGGAAAGCAGUGCCCUGGGCAACCCGAAGAUGAUGUGUAUGUCGGCUUACCUGAUGCAUCGAUGAAAGACUUCUCGGGGAGCCGGAAGAAUGACCACCCCAAGGAGUCACGAACUACUCUUGAGCUCGGUAAAAAAAUAUCCAGCUCCGAGGCAGAUUUAAGCAAAAUGCCCGUUGUCAUAAACCUGGAGCUAGAAAGUGAGACUUCAUUGAUGACCAAGUCUCUAGAUGGAGGCAAGUCAAUGGCAUGUAUAAACGAUUGUAUCAUUCAAAUCGCAUACACUAAUGUUACAAAGGCUACCUUGGCUCGCCCAUCCUCAUCAUCUUCGGCAAAUAAUCAAAAACCGAGAAACAAGCUGGGACCUCAGAAGACUGUUCCAUUAGAAGCGCCCGUUAGGCCAAAAGAUGACCUUCGGGUAUCCAAGCGUCGCCGAGAGACCCGCAAAACCACACCGAGCCGACUACACCGCUCAAUAUCAAAUAACAAAUCCGGUGCUUCCCAGCUGACUGAGGAUACCUUGUUCGAGCUCCUGAUUGGGAGAAUCAGGCAACGGGAAGAAGAUGAAGCGCUGGCUGCCAGCAUCCAGCACCAGGUUGAGAAACAGAAUAUCAAAUUGAAAGAGGAAAAUUCAAAUCUCCACAAACAAGUACAGAUAUCACUCGCAAAUCUGCAGAAGGUUGAGCAAGAUGCCAGAAAACGACAAUCUCAAAUGGAAAACUGGAAGGAAAAAGUUCAAAAGUUUAGGCAUGUUGUUGACGAUUUGGGGCGAGACUAUGAUGUCCUUCGAGAUGAAUCAGUUCAAUUCAGAGAAACCACAAGAAGCCUCAAGAGGGACAGGAAUGAGCUAUUCCAAGCCAUCGAUGACAUCAAGCUCAGAAUUUCGAGGGCAGAGGGCACAAUUGAAGAGCAACGAGGUUUGAUUUCUGAGAAGGAGAGUCGUAUUUCCCUCUUGCAGCAGACACUGGAAACAUGGCAACAGAAAUAUAAAAGCACCAAGAAUGAAGUUGUCAGCGAAAAAACCCGCACUGCUACACUGGAAUCGUAUAUUCAGAACUAUGCACUUAGCAACGCGAAGAAACUUACUUCCAUCAAAGAAGAUCAAGAAAAAUUAAUUCGGGACCUUUCGGCAGGCCUAGAGUCUACGGCUGAGAACUCAAACAACUCGCGUGACUUGAUUAUCAUUGAAAUUCAAAAGGUCUUUGACAAUGCUCUCGCUUCAAUCCAGGCAUUGGGUGAAACACUUUCAAGCGAGAAACUCGAGGUUCAAAAUUUCACAGCAAUAGCACAAGAUAUGAUUUCUCACGUAUCAAAAAGUGUCCAGGAACUCCUAGAACUGACGCAGUCUCAUAUGGGCCCUGAAUCCAUGAUUUUCAAACAGCUCUCAGGCUGUGACACUUCUUCCAAAAGUCUCAGCGAAAAGCUACAUGCUGUUGAGACAGUCUUGAGUCAUUCAAGUGAAUUGGUUCAAUCUUUGAUAUCUACGGAAGAUAACCUUGCGCAAGAUCUCAAGGAUUUCAAUGAAAAGCUAGUGCAAGCUCAAAUUCCGAAGGAAGAAAUUCAACUACAAAAAGAGCUGAACGCGAAAUUUGACGAAAAUACUCAGUUGCAGCUCCUGCUCCAGAAAAUGAAUUUCGAAUCAGAGUCUCUCCAGAAACAAUUGGAUGAGAAGGAUAGCCGUAUCUUGGGUCUACAGCGAUCCUUGAUGGAAACAACAGAGAAGACGAAGAUAGCCGAAGACCACAACCAGAGACUACGAAUUGAAACAACGGCUAUACGAGGUGAAAUGGAGGUGACCGAGCAGAGGAUUCGACAAGAAAUGAAUAAAGAACACGCUAUUUUGAAGGCGCAAAUCGAGUCCCAGUACGAAGAACGUCUGAAAAUACUCCAGAAAGAUAAGGAUGAAUUCAAAAUGGGCUCAGAGGAGCUGGCGUCCAAGCUGAGUGAAGUCCAAGGGUCUCUGAUCAAGGCUAAAGACUUCAUCGCCGAUGGACAAAGAGAACGAGCAAUUUUGGCCCAGCAAACAAAUGAUGAGAUGCAACAACUCCGGAAAUCUUGUACCGAAUCCAUGGCUCGACUAGAUGCACAAACCGCCGAGGUCCAACGGUACAGAGAAUCAGAAGCGACUUCCUGUAUGGAGAGGAACGACCUUCAAGAACAACUCCGGCAAUCGCAAGAAAAUAUUCAUGCCCUUGAACAGAGGCUGUCAAUUGCACCAACAGCACGAGAGAAAUUUCCAGUACCCUCGGCAACCCCAAUUGUGUCCUUUUCUGCACUUGAAACCCAGCUCUCAUCGGAGCAAAUGACGCCUCUGUACGAAGACCAAACAGACUUUGCCAUGCUCUUCAUGUCUGAUGACCUCAUGCUGUCAACUCCGCAUCGUAUCGCGAAUAAGCCCGAGGAGCCCCCGGGCCUACUGAAGAUGGCAUUCAGGCUGACAAUCCGGUAA